CCUCAUCUUCCCCAGAACUGUUCUGAUCUCUCUGUGUCUUUUCUCUCUCCUACAUUAUUCAUCUCUCUAUCUUCUGUUGUUUUUGUAGUUGUAGUUGUAGACUUGUAGUUAGCUGUCAGGUGGGUCUUAUCUGUAACUUCCAUGGCUACGGUAGAGGUGAAUAAACCUUCAUCACUCCCUCCGUACUCAGAGAUGAUAUUUGCAGCGAUCGCAGCCUUGAACGACAAGAAUGGUUCGAACAAGUCGGCGAUAUCAAAGUACAUAGAAUCUCAGUAUGGGGAUCUUCCGGCACACUCAGAUUUGUUGUCGCUUCACCUGAACAAGAUGAAGGAAAGUGGUGAGCUCAUCCUGGUCAAGAACAACUACAUGCGGCCUAAUCCUAAUGCUCCUCCAAAGCGUGGCCGUGGUCGUCCGCCGAAGCCUAAAGCUCCUUUGCCGCCUGGACAUGUUCCUCCGCCGCCGAGACCAAGGGGUCGUCCGCCCAAGCCCAAAGACCCUAACGCGGUUGCAACACCUAAGGUUUCUUCUGGGAAGCCUCGUGGAAGACCACCCAAGAUGGCCAGAUCGGCUGGUGCUCCGACGACGACGACAACUGGGUCUCCUAGACCUCGUGGAAGACCCCCUAAGGUGAAAACACAAUUUGCUUCGGCGGGUUUUGAUUAAGGCUUUGUUGAGUUGUAACAAUUUCACCUCUUCUGAUUUUUCUCUUAUUCUUGGGUGUUUUUAAUGUAUGUGUGUCUGUAAUUGCAUGUAGCCAUGUACAUUGUGCAGCUAAUGGUAAUCUUUUUAGGGUUUCUUUAUUG